CCAUCGGUAGACUGGAAGUGGAAUUUGGAAAUUAUUAGUGUAUAGUUAGCUAACUGAAAUCCCAAAGCAACUGCUGCAACGCACCAUGAAACUCGUACUCCUCUUCCUACUCUGCUCCAUUUUGCUUACUAGCACCACCCUUUCCCACGCCACCACAGCCUAUCCUUCAACUACAGUUGUUGACUGCUCCCUCUCCCGUGGGGGCUCCUAUAGUCUGAUUCCACCUCGCCGUGAAGUGUAUGGAAAUGGUCGAAUCAUUGACAUUACCCACCGGUACACCCCGGACAUGCCUUCCUAUCAUUCUAUGGAUGGGGUGGGGCAGUUCCUCUGGCUCCUUGAUGGCAUGAAAAAUGGCUCAAUGGUUAAUAUGUCUGUGUUGAAACUGCUUUCUCACUCUGGCACCCAUGUUGAUGCCCCCAGCCACGUCUUUGAUCACUACUACGAUGCGGGGUUUGAUAUCGAUACGCUUGACUUGGAUGUGCUCAAUGGUCCAGCAUUGUUAGUUGAUGUUCCGAGGGACAAGAACAUAACUGCUGAAGUGAUGAAGUCCUUAAAUAUUCCAAAGGGAGUACGUCGUGUGCUCUUCAGAACAUUAAAUACUGACAGAUGGCUUAUGUUCAAAAAUCAGUUUGACACAAGCUAUGUGGGAUUCAUGAAGGAUGGAGCCGAGUGGUUAGUGGAGAACACAGAUAUCAAACUUGUUGGAAUUGAUUACUUAUCUGUUGCUGCAUUUGAUGAUUUGAUUACAUCCCACCUUGUUUUUCUAGAAAGCAGGGAAAUCAUCCUCGUGGAAGCCCUAAAACUUGAUGACAUCCAACCAGGAAUAUAUUCUGUCCAUUGCUUACCUUUGAGGUUGCAAGGUGCAGAAGGAUCACCAAUCCGAUGCAUUCUUAUCAAAUGAGCAGACUCCUUUUAUAUCCUUGAAACAGCAACAGCCCCAGGAAAAGUUGCAUAGCAAUUGAAACGGACAGCAUCCGAGUUCUUUGCAAGGAAUGGAAAAGACGUGAGAAGAAGAAACACAAUGUAUCAUAUGCACACGAAUACCGUAGUAGUUAUGUUAAUAGCCUGUAACCAUUAUAUGAAACAAGAAAUGUAAUGUAAUGUGACUGGAGGAGGUGGUUGUUGAUUCAUUAAAUAAAAAAACCUCCACCUUACCAUCAUAAUGAUCAUAUGUACAAGUCAACAGUGGAGCUUGAAUUUGUAAGGGUUCAUGUAUUUGUAUCCAACUUAUUUCUAAGUAGACCCUGUUGGGUGUGUGGAUCCGAUUCCACAUAGGAUAAGGAUUUGUUAAUCCUUGAUCAAAGAGGAGUUUUGAUUGUUUC